ACACUUGCAACAGGUUCCACUCUCCUAUAAAUCCCUCCAAACUAACUCUCUCUCCCCCCCAAAACUUCAUUUCCUUGCUUCUCUCCAUAUCCUUGCUUCCCUUUACAUUUGCAACAACCACUCUUUGUUAGUCUUUUAUUUUUCAACAGAUUUACAUGUCCGGGAUGGAGCUGAUUCCUGGUCUUCCUAAUGAUAUUGCCCGUGAAUGUUUGAUUCGUGCCCCAUACAAUAACUUCUCCAACAUUGCAUCAACCUGUAAAGAUUGGAAGGUUGAAAUUCAUUUGCCAGAGUUUUUUCGUCAUCGAAAAGCUGCUGGCUGUAGUAAACAUGUGAUGGUGAUGACCCAAACCCGAGUCAACCCGAGAGGAAAUUUGGGCUUGAAAUGCCAGGCCAUGCUGGUUUAUCGCCUCGUGCUUUGUGAGCCGGAUACCGGUGACUGGUGUGAGCUGCCAUCAGUUCCGGGGCUGUCUGAUGGGCUGCCCAUGUUUUGUCAAGUUGUCGGAGUCGGGUCGAACCUCGUCGUGAUGGGCGGGUUAGAUCCGGAUACUUUUGAGAUCCGGAAUGCUGUCUAUGUCUACAAUUUUAUAUCGGCCAGGUGGUGGCGUGGCGCUGAUAUGCCAGGUGUGCGGAGGAUAUUCUUUGGAUGCGCAUCGGAUUUGGAUAGGAUGGCCUACGUUGCCGGAGGACAUGAUGGCGACAAAAAUGCGUUGAAAUCAGCAAUGGCAUAUGACGUGGCAGCUAACAUGUGGGUUCAGUUGCCUGAGAUGGAAAGAGAGCGUGAUGAGUGCAAGGGAAUUUUCCACCUUGGGCAGUUCCACGUCAUCGGCGGAUAUUGUACAGAGAGGCAAGGCCAAUUCGAGAGCAGUGCCGAGCAAUUCGACAUCGCCACGUUUCAAUGGAGCCCAGUGCAAGAUAACCUCUUGUUAACCGGCAGGUGUCCAAGAACAUGUGUGGCAGCUGACGGAAAAAUUAUACAUGUGCUGGGGAGGUGAGUGGCAAGACUGGAGGGUGACACCUGGAACACAUAGCUGAGCUGCCAGCUGAAGUGUGCAAAA